AUGGAACCAUCAAGCUCAACUCCAGAUAUCCUUCUCUCAGACGACCAAGCCGAAUCAGACUGGACCAAACUAUCAAUCCCAAACAUCCAAUCCCAUCCAGCCAACAGGAGGACUCAUCAUCAGCAAACUACUACGACGACCAUCAAACGGACAGACCAGGAUGCACUCCCCACUCAACUACUCCUCCCCGAGCAUCAUGCAAGUAAUCAAUACCUGGGAGAGAGCGACUCGUCGACGAACUUCGACCCUCAAGCAUGGAAACGUGGUGAUCAAGGUGUUGGACGAGGGAAGGACAGGAUACACGAGGGAACUGGAGCCACUACUACAUCUUUCAAGGGAGCAGGAAUAUUACUAUAG